GUUGAUGUGUCGUGAUUGUCUGAUUAAAAAUAUCAAUAUUUUGGAUUUUAUGAAAGAAAAGCUAUAAAUUUUAACUUAUUUUACAUACUUAUAUACUAAUACAUUCAGCCAACCAUUUCAUAAUAGGGUCAUGGACGUCAGGGACAUGGAUUCGAGCAGCUCUACAUUUACCGAUAUAACAAGCGACCACGGUAAAAGCAUAAUACACAUCGACAUAGACUGUUUUUAUGCUCAAGUAGAAAUGUUACGGAAACCAGAAUUACGCUCAGAACCACUUGGAAUUCAACAGAAAAAUAUCGUCGUAACAAGUAAUUAUGAGGCAAGAAAAUACGGAAUUAAAAAGUGUAUGCUUGUUACAGAAGCACUCAAAGUAUGCCCUAAUUUAAAGUUAUUAAAUGGAGAAGACUUACACGAUUACAGAGCUGCCUCAAAUAAAAUAUUUUUACUUUUACAAAAUUGGAAAUCUCCAGUAGAGAAGUUAGGUAUGGAUGAAAAUUUUAUUGAUGUCACAAAUUUGAUUCAAGAAAAAUUAAAAAGUACAAAUAUUGGUAAUCUUACAAUCACUGGUCAUUUAUACAGUGAACCCUCUAUGGAUUGCCCCUGCGGCUGUCACACAAGACUGAAAAUAGCAUCACAAAUAGCUAAUGAAAUGCGUCAAAAGAUACUGGAUGAUUUAGGUUUCACAACAUGUGCAGGCGUUGCACAUAACAAAUUACUUUCAAAACUAAUCUGUCCCUUACACAAACCAAAUGAUCAGACUACUAUUUAUCCAGAACAUGGUGUAAGUUUUAUGUCAACUCUAGAGAGUGUACGCUCUAUUCCAAGUAUAGGAUCGAAAACAACAGAAACAUUAAUAUCACACAACAUUAUAUCUGUCAGUGAUUUACAACAAGUGUCCCUAGAUGUUUUAAAAAAACACUUUAGCAGUGACAUGGCUGUUAGACUGAAAAAUUUAAGUUUAGGUGAGGAUAAUACUCCAGUCAAACAAACGGGCAGACCACAAAGUAUAGGUUUAGAAGAUAGUUUUAAGACAGUUAGUGUAAAGAGUGAAGUUGAGGAAAAGUUUACUGCACUUUUACAAAGGUUGCUCAUUCUGGUUAGGGAAGAUGGUCGCAUUCCUGUCUCAUUAAGAGUGACUCUAAGAAAGAAAGAUGUAAAAAGACUCAGUAGUCACAGAGAGUCGAGGCAAUGCCAGAUCUCACCAUCUAUUUUCACAAUUAACAGUGGCACGGUUUCAGUCACAGAAGCAGGGCAGGAGAAACUUAUGACCAUAAUAAUGAGAUUAUUUAAUAAACUUAUUGAUUUAUCUAAACCAUUCCAUUUGACAUUAGUAGGGUUGGCUUUUACAAAGUUCCAAGAACGGAUGACUGGAAGAAGUUCUAUUGUGAAUUACCUCAUGAAUGAUUUAUCUGUCCAGUCAGUUCUCAACAUACAGAGUGACUGUGAUACAUCAGCAUCCUCCAUGGAUUACUCUGCAGUGUCCCCCAGCAGCAGCACAACAACUGAUCUCUCUGAUGCUGAAGUGGAACCAUCACCAAAAAAGCCUAAAAAGGUAACAUGGAUUGCCAAAAGACGAUGUUUAUCCAGAGAAGAUGUUGCAUCACCUAGUAAGUUGAAAGUGGGGGAAUUGAGGUUGAAUUCAAAGGAACUUGAAAAGGUCUCAGAGCUAAGACUGAAUUCCAGAGACAGGUCUUUAACUCCAAGAGCGAGUCCUGCAAAAGAUGUGUCUGAUAAUUCAGAUGCAAUGAGAGACAUUGCUGAAGGUGGCAAUUGUGAUGAAUGUCCAAGUUAUGUUGAUAAAGAAGUAUUUAAUGCACUGCCAGAAGAAAUGCAACAAGAAUUAAAAUCAAUGUGGAAAAAUCCCUCCAAUUCAGAUAUGCCAAGAGCUAUCACUCGCAACAUGAACAAAACCAAACCAAACUCAAUUAUGAAAUACUUUGUUCCACAAAAAUAGUAUUAAUAAUUUGCCUUGUUAUUUUAAGUGAUAAGUGAAUGGUAUCUAUUUUUUCAAAUCAUACAAUUUUUAUUAAUCUGAUCAAAUACAUGUUUAUGUUAUA